AUAACCAAAGCCUCAUCUUUCCCGCUGCGUAAGGGAACCGCUCGUAAGUAGCAAAUACUUCUUAGUUUAUAAGUACUAAUGAUAAAAUAAUUGUAAAUGACAAUCUUCAUAUGUUAUUUACCCACAACAAUGGUUCAAACAAUUUUUUAUAGUCAACAACUGCAUGUAACUAAUUAAUACAUACGUGAAUUAAAUAUUGAAUGAAAAACAGUCAGUACCUACACUUAAGUAAUUAUCUUGUGUUAUUAUUAUUAUUAUUAUUAUUAUUAUUUCUACUACCACAUAACUCAUGGAAUUUGGUUAGAGAUAAGUUUAGUAAUUCUUCAAAGGUUAUAAUAAAUUCAGCAAACAUGUAUAAUAAAUUAUAUUACAUGUAUUUGUUUUGAGAAGCUUUCUUAUGUAGUCCAUUUUACAUUUUUGUUACAAUAUUUUCACCCAUUUUCUGUGUAGGAGACCAAAUUAAAUUUUAUGGUACUGUAGAGAAAAAUUAUGCAUUAUGUGAAACUUGCCGUGAACAUUUAAAGGUGCCAUAUUGAAGAUCAAAAAAUAUAGGAUUAUUUAUGGUUUUUGGAGUUUUUUGUGUGGUGCAAUUUAUCAGUCGUUCCAUCUGAUACCACGUGUCAUUAAGGAAGUCAGCAUCAAGUAUGUUAACUUUUCAGAGCAAACCACACAAGUAUUUAUGCACCAUGUUUACACAAGUAAGACUUUUGCUGGUCGCAAGAUUUUAAUGAUUUCUUUAAUGAAGAAACAUGCAAAAAAUGGAGAAUAACAACUCAAUGUACUAUGGUAACAUGACAGAAUACGACUAUAGCACAAUAGAUCCUCUUGAGUAUCUGGAGGAAGACAAGAGCGCAAUUAAAAUCACAAUAGUCGUGUUCUACACCUUGGUUUUCUGCUCCGGGACCUUGGGUAACAUUUUGGUUAUAUACCUGAUGAUGGUGAAAACCAAACAACAGAGACUGGUGGACGUGUUCAUCACACAUCUCGCUGUAGCUGAUCUGGUCUUCCUGGUCACUUUGCCGCUGUGGAUCAUCUCACUCUCAUUGGACAACUGGCCAUUUGGGGACUUUCUGUGCAAGUUCAGCUCCUAUGUGAUCUCAGUUAACAUGUUCUCCAGCAUCUUCUUGCUGACCUGCAUGAGCGUGGACAGGUUCAUGGCUAUCGUCAUGGCGCUGAACACCAGGCGGAUGAGGACCAAGCGCUAUGCCCACCUGACUGUCCUGAUGGUCUGGAUCACGUCGCUUUUGCUUGGGUCCCACAGCUUCCAUUCCAGGGCUGUCGAUGCAUCCAGAUGUGAGGACACAGCCUCCCCAACCAAGGUCGUCUUCAGCCUGAUGACUCGGGUGGCCAGCAAGGCUAAGAGGAAUAAGAGGCGCUCCAUUAGAAUUGGCUUCUGCAUUUUGGUCCUCUUCGUGUUGACCUGGCUGCCCUUUAACAUUCUACGCACAGUGUUGAUCCUGAAUAAAUCUGGGUACCUGGAGUUCUCCGAAGAGGCUUUUGACUAUCUGAUUAAAUCUGUAUCCCUGGCCACUUGUCUGGCCUUCAGUAAUAGCUGUAUGAACCCUUUAGUUUACUUCUGGAUGGACAGCUACAUGCGGAAAAAGGUGGUAGGAUUGCUUCCCAAAAGAUUCCUAAGCAUCUCCACCAAGAGGAACUCAGAGCUCAGCACCUCCACCACGUACCAAGAGAAGGACUCCAUCACGUCUAAGGAAACGGAGAGGACCAGGUACACUGGGAGUGUUCAGAUUUCAGUGCCAGGGAAGGACACCUUACAGGAGCAGAGCUUUUAAAAUGUAGAAAAUUGCUACUGUAGAGAAAAAUUAUGCAUUAUGUGAAACUUGCCGUGAAUAUUUAAAGGUGCCAUAUUGAAGAUCAAAAAAUAUAGGAUUAUUUAUGGUUUUUGGAGUUUUUUGUGUGGUGCAAUUUAUCAGUCCUUCCAUCUGAUACCACGUGUCAUUAAGGAAGUCAGCAUCAAGUAUGUUAACUUUUCAGAGCAAACCACACAAGUAUUUAUGCACCAUGUUUACACAAGUAAGACUUUUGCUGGUUGCAAGAUUUUAAUGAUUUCUUUAAUGAAGAAACAUGCAAAAAAUGGAGAAUAACAACUCAAUGUACUAUGGUAACAUGACAGAAUACGACUAUAGCACAAUAGAUCCUCUUGAGUAUCUGGAGUCGGCUUUAAAUGGAAGUUCAUGUGUUUGAUAAGGUUAGGGUUUAAACUGGAAUCUUAUGGGCCUGUUACAUUUGAAAGCAUUUGAUUCAUAAAAUGUCUUAAUCUAAUUUCUUUCUUGCAUCAAAGAUCAGAGUUUCUCUGAAAUGCAGUUCAAAAUUCAAAAUCGAUAGGGUUGGAGAGUGAACAUUUGUCCUAGUUUUUAUGUCAUAUUUCUGUCAACUUUGCAGUUUUGUAAAAUUGUAUUUCAGUUUCAUCAUGUUUUGGGUAAAUAAUACCAGUUGUACCAGGCAUUCCAGUCCCAGACCUGCACAACUUACUUCUUUUCCAGCUCCUCCACACCUUAUUCAGCUGAAGAAAUGGGUGGUUAAAUGGGGGGAAACCCAAAAAUGUGCAGGACUGGGGGUGUCCGGGCAAAAGGGUUAAAAGGUAACAUUUAAACAAGUCACAGGGUAUAUUUAUUUUGUGUGUGUGCGCCUACUGUUAAAAAUGAAAUCCUAGGCAAGAGAGUCAGAUUGUACAUCCACCCAUCGUCCAGGAGAGGGUGGAGGAGAGCCGGAAGCUUCUCCCGGGAAGUUCAUAGCACAAGACAGAUACCCUGGACGCGAUGCCAGAUCAUAUCAGCUUCAUAUCGUAAUCUUUCCAAACUAAAUGUUGCAUAACGUGAUUUAUGGCUGUAGCUCUGAGGCCUUAUAAUGAAAGGGUACUUAAGCUGGACUUUGAAGACAAGAAGUAUACGAGUAAUGUAACCACAGUUACAGAUGUUUACGGCGGGACAUCAACAGCGUAGUCUGGCGAUGAGUGUAGAGGUUUAGGCACGUUAGUACUGAAAUGACUUCCUGCCGCUUCAAACUUGAUAAGGCAAUGGACAGGAAAACAUUUCGUAACAUUUUUUUAAAAGCUUGAUGUUCUAAAAAAACACCUUAUAAAUAUAUGAUCCUCUUAAUCAGCUAUUAGUUUGUAAGACUGAUAUGUAAUCCGGCAGUAAAACCUUUACGGUGACAAGUAUCAAGAAUUAUUGUAUGUAAAUAAGGAAAAACAAGGAGAGCUAAAACAGCCCUUCCUGAAAGCGGUUUUGUGUUUUAACAGCCACUGAUGGAGAAUUUACACAAACUAACACAAUUUACGCAAACUAAGCUUUAAUGGAAACAUGCUGUAGUUAUUGCUGAUUUAGUGAUUUACCUGAGCGUUAAAUCUAAAUAAUCUUUCCUGUAUCUCAGCUAAUUAGUGUGCAAAAUAGUCGUGUUCUUUUUAAUAUGAAAACUGUAUUUUUUAAUGAUAAUAUUUGAUUAAACAUAUUUUAAUUUUGUGUUCUCUGGAUUACAGUACUUCACAUAUCUUGUGUACAAAUAUUAAAAUGUUUAAGAAGCGAAUGCCACGAUUUCAGCCUUUAAUUUUAGGAACCUUGUGAUAGCUAUGAUAUAACAUCUUUGAUUAUUUCGAUGUUUUAAGCAUCAAAUUUGAUGUAAAAAAUGCAAAUCUAAUGCGAAUUACUGGAAAUUAAAUGAGAUAUUUUAGAUAAGUCCUCUAAAGUAGCCAAAGAAUAAACUCCUGUCAUUGUAUAUGUAGAAUAUUCAUCCAUCCAUCCAUCCAUUGUCCAACCCGCUUAUCCGACUGGGUCGCGGGGGGUCCGGAGCCUAUCCCGGAAGCAAUGGGCACGAGGCAGGGGGACCAACCCAGUCACUUACACCUAUGGGCAUUUUAGUAACUCCAGUCAGCCUCAGAACGUCUUUGGACUGUGGGGGGAAACCGGAGUGCCCGGAAGAAACCCCACGACGACACAGGGAGAACAUGCAAACUCCACACGGAGACUUGAACCCAGGUCCCAGAGGUGUGAGGCAACAGUGCUAACCACUGCGCCACCAUGUCGCCCACUAUUUGGAAUAUUAUACCAUUCAAUUGAAAAUCAGGCAAAAAAAAAAAACAUCGAUAGGAUUUAUGAUUUCUGUCCUUCGUGAUAUGUUGUGUUUAUUUCUUGAUUUCUACAUUAAUAUAAUUGUAUUAAACUUAUUUUACUUUUCAUGACAUAAAUGUAUAAAUAACCGGGGGCGCAUUUCAAAAUUUCAUUUCCUUAAAGUAACCCAUGAUAAAAAUAAACCUAAGAGAAAUGGUAUAAAGACA